CCCAUGCAAGAGGCACCACCAUUUCCCUCUUCUACCCUGUCUAGGUUGCCAGAAAAUCUCAAGAGCUCUCAGAGACCGAGGCUGGACCCACAGGUCUCUCCUCGGGGCAGAUGAGUUUCCGCAUCACCGACCCCAGACUGUUGCUAUUGGGGCUCCAGCUGUUAGUCAAGGCCUGGAGCUACAACCUGGACACGCGGCAUGCGCAGAGCUUCUUGGCACACGCUGGAAGACACUUUGGGUACCGGGUCUUGCAGGUUGGAGAUGGGGUUGUCGUGGGAGCUCCCGGUGAGGGGAACAGCACAGGAAGUCUCUAUCAUUGUCAUCCCAGCAGUGGCUCCUGCCAGCAACUCAGCCUGCAUGGUUCUAAUUACACCUCCAAAUACUUGGGAAUGACCUUAGCGACAGACGCCACCGAUGGAAGCCUUUUGGCCUGUGAUCCAGGACUGUCUCGGACAUGUGACCAGAACACCUACCUCAGUGGCCAGUGUUUCCUCUUUCCCCAGAGUCUGGGGGGACCUGUGUUACAAGGGUAUCCUGCUUAUCAGGAGUGCAUGAAGGGCAAGGUGGACCUGGUAUUUCUGUUCGAUGGUUCAGGGAGCUUGCAUAAACAUGAAUUUGAAAAAAUCUUGGACUUCAUGAAGGAUGUGAUGAGGAAACUCAGCAACACUUCUUACCAGUUUGCUGCUGUUCAGUUUUCCACAUCGUACCGAACAGAAUUUACGUUCUUGGAUUAUGUUCAACAGAAAGACCCCGAUGUUCUGCUACGCAGUGUUAAACACAUGAGCUUAUUGACCAACACCUUUGGCGCCAUCAACUAUGUGGUGACAAACGUGUUCAGAGAAGAGUCUGGUGCCCGGCCAGAUGCUACCAAGGUGCUUAUCAUCAUCACAGAUGGAGAGGCUACUGACAGUGGAAAUGUCGAUGCAGCCCAAGACAUCACCCGCUACGUCAUCGGGAUUGGAAAGCAUUUUAAGACUCCAAAAGGACAGGAGAGUCUUCACAUAUUUGCCUCAAAACCCACAAAGGAAUUUGUCAAGAUUUUGGACAAAUUUGAGAAGCUCAAGGGUCUAUUUGAUGAGCUGCAGAGGAGGAUUUACACAAUUGAGGGCACAAGCAGACAAGACAUGACAUCCUUUGACAUGGAGCUCUCCUCCAGUGGAAUCAGCGCAGACCUCAGCGAGGGCCAUGCAGUUGUGGGAGCAGCUGGAGCCAAGGACUGGGCUGGGGGCUUUCUGGACCUGAAGGAAGACUUGCAGGAUGCCACAUUCGUUGGGAAUGAACCACUAACCUCAGAUAUGAAAGAAGGCUAUCUGGGUUACACCGUGGCCUGGCUGCCCUCCCGUAGCUCCAUGUCACUACUGGCAGUGGGAGCCCCACGGUACCACCAUGUUGGACAAGUACUGCUCUUCCAAGCACCCAAAGCCGGAGGACCCUGGAGUCAGAUCCAGAAAAUAGAAGGGACUCAGAUUGGAUCUUAUUUUGGUGGGGAGCUCUGUAGCGUUGACUUGGACCAUGAUGGUGAGGCGGAGCUGUUGCUGAUUGGAGUGCCCCUGUUCUAUGGGGAGCAGAGAGGAGGCCGGGUGUUUAUUUACCAGAGAAGAGAGGUGUUCAACAUGGCUUCAGAGCUGCAGGGCAACCCUGGCUACCCACUUGGUCGGUUUGGAGCUGCUAUAACUGCCCUGACGGACAUCAAUGGGGAUGGUCUGACAGACGUGGCCGUGGGAGCCCCUCUGGAGGAGCAGGGGGCCGUGUAUAUCUUCAACGGGCAGCCUGGUGGGCUUAAUCCCCAGCCAAGCCAGAGAAUCCAGGGAACCCAGGUGUCCCCAGGAAUCCAGUGGUUUGGACGCUCCGUCCAUGGGGUGAAGGACCUUGGAGGGGACAGGCUGGCAGAUGUAGUUGUGGGAGCCCAGGGCCGGGUGAUUGUGCUGAGCUCGAGGCCUGUGGUGGAUGUUGUCACUGAGAUGUCCUUCUCCCCAAAUGAAAUCCCAGUGCAUGAGGUGGAGUGCUCCUUCUCAGCCAGUCAGGAGCAGAAGAAAGGAGUCACGCUCACGGUGUGCUUCCAGAUCCAGGCCCUCACGACUCAGUUUCAAGGUCGCCUGCUUGCCAACCUUAGCUACACCCUGCAGCUGGAUGGCCAUCGGACGCGCAGACGAGGUCUGUUCUCGGGAGGGAGCCACGAGCUCAGUGGGAACACAUCUGUCACCCCAGUUAAAUCCUGCAUGGACUUCAGGUUUCACUUCCCGAUCUGCAUUCAAGACCUCAUCUCCCCCAUCAAUGUCUCUCUGAAUUUCUCUCUUUUGGAGGGAGAAGGAACACCAAGGAACCAAAAGAUGGGCAGGGACACGCAGCCCAUCCUGAGACCUUCAAUACACGCAGUGACUAAGGAGGUCCCUUUUGAGAAGAACUGUGGGGAGGACAAGAAGUGUGAGGCAAACCUGGCCCUGUCGUCCCCUGCCAGCUCUGGAGUCCUGCAUCUGACGUCCUCUGCCAGCCUUGCCGUGAACUGGACACUGAGCAACUCGGGAGAAGACGCGUACUGGGUGCAGCUGGGCUUGGGUUUCCCUCGAGGACUCUCCUUCCGCAAGGUGGAGAUGCUUAAGCCACACAGCCAAGUACCUGUGAGCUGCCAGGAACUGGCUGACGAGUCGAGUCUCCUGACCAAGACACUGGCCUGCAAUGUAAGCUCUCCCAUCUUCAAAGCCGGCCGACAGGUCAGCCUCCAGGUGAUGUUUAGCACGCUGCUCAACAGCUCCUUUGGAGAUGUGGUCGAGCUGAAUGGUGCCGUGCACUGUGAGAAUGAGAACUCAAGCCUCCUGGAGGACAACUCAGCCACCAUCCACAUCCCUGUCCUGUACCCAAUCAACAUCCUUGUUGAAGACCAGAAGAACUCCACACUGUACACCAGUUUCACCCCUAAAGGCCCCAAGACCCACCAAGUCCAGCAUAUCUACCAGGUGAGGAUUCAGCCUUCUGCCUAUGACCACAGCAUGCCCGCACUGGAGGCCUUGGUUGGGGUGCCACAGCCUCACAGCGGGAGCCCCAUCACACACACAUGGAGUGUGCAGAUGGAUCCUCCUGUCACUUGCCACCGUGAGGACCUGAAGAUGCCAUCUAGUGAGGCUGAGCAGCCUUGUCUACCUGGAAUUCUGUUCCGCUGCCCAAUUGUCUUCAGGUGGGAGACCCUCAUCCAAGUGAACGGGACAGUGGAACUCUCGGAGGAGAUCAAGGCCUCCUCCACGCUCAGCCUCUGCAGCUCACUCUCCAUCUCAUUCAACAGCAGCAAGCAUUUCCAUCUGUAUGGCAACAAAGCCUCCAUGGCCCAGGUCCUCAUGAAGGUUGAUGUGGUCUACGAGAAGGAGAUGCUGCACCUCUAUGUGCUCAGCGGCAUUGGGGGUCUAGUGCUGCUGGUGCUGAUUUUCCUAGCGCUCUACAAGGUUGGCUUCUUCAAACGGAACCUAAAGGAGAAGAUGGAGGCCGAUGGAGGUGUCCUGAAUGGAAGCCCUGGCGAAGGCGCUGACCCUCUGGCAGUAUCUGGAGAAGAAACCAAAGAUCCAGGCUGCCUAGAGCCCCUCCAUGAGGAUGACAAGGACUAAGGCCUAGGUGUGAUACACCGACGGCCCAGGACUAGACGUACAAGCUCUGGCACUGACCAGCUUCAGCCAGAUGCCACUGUGUCCCUUAGUCAUGGCUGUUCCUAGUCCUAAGUUUCCCUUUCGUGAGCAUAAAGCUCAUUCCUACCUUAUCGACAGGUGCAUGAUAUGACUCUGCUGAGGGAGGCCAGUGCGGCCAGAGGUGAAGCCCUGUCUUCUGUUAGCCUGCCUUGCUGUCCCCCAGAGAGAAUCUUUGGUCUAAACUUGGAGAAACUGUCAUCUCAGGACCCGGUUAUACUCCAGGCCUCCCAACUGCCCUGGAUGCCCCAGCGGUCUGGAUCUGCCCCACACUCCCCUGCCUGGACUCUGGCCUGGACUCUGCUGACAGACUGCAAAUCGUACCUGUGGCAUUGCAUUGCCGCUGCAGACGCCUUCUCCUUGAGUCAAGGACAAAAUUCCUGAUGAGCCUUCGAAGGUCAAACCAGGCCCCAGCGGCCUUCCCGGCCUCUGCUGGAGAAAACUGGCCUCUUCCCACUUGUCUUCCCUGCCUCUCUUUCCGGGGCUGCAGCUUCUCCAGCCCUUCCCCGAGGCAUUCUCCUUCCUGUGUUGCUGCAUUUCACCUCCAGUCCUCUCCUGCCUGGAACCUUCCUGCCUCCUCCUGUCCUGGCUCAGGGAGGAUUCCACACCUUGCACUUCACACCAGCCCGCACUUGUCUCUGGUCCCCCAGGUUGUAUUUGUUCUCUCUUUGAUGACUGAAUUCCUGCCUCUAGUGAGCGCCUUGAGGUUAGGGCAUACAUACCUAUCGUGUUCACCUUGGGACUAUGUGGUGAUACCACAGGGUAGGGAUACAGAAGGUGCUUGAUACCGUUUCAGUGACUGAUGACGAAGGCUGCGGGAAGAUAGAGAAAUAGUACGGAUGAGCCCCGGGCAUUGCAUCCUGCAAACCUCUGCCUUUCCAGGCUCCUUCACAUCCUGUUCAGCCCCCAGUUCCCACCCAGAAGGCGCUCCAGGAGCCCCGGUACAAAGCACAUGUAUGGUGGUUUGAAUGAGAAGUGCCCCACGUAGCCUCAGGCAUCGGAACACUGGGUCUCUGUUUAGAGAGGUUGUGGGGAAGUGCAGCCUUGCUUUAAGAAGUACGUGCCUGGAGAGGGCUGUGAGGGGUAAAAGCCACGCCCCAUUUGCAGGAGGGCUGUGAGGGGUAAAAGCCACGCCCCAUUUGCAGGAGGGCUGUGAGGGGGCAAAGCCACGCCCCAUUUGCAGGAGGGCUGUGAGGGGGUAAAGCCACGCCCCAUUUGCAGUUCAAGCUCUGCUUUGUGCUUGCAGUUGAGGUGAUCUCUCAGUCUCCUGCUGUCCUGCCAGCGUCUGGCUGCUGUGCCUCCCCACCGUGAUGGACCCUUGUCCCUCUGGAACCAUAAGCCCAAAUAAACUGUCUUCCAUAAGUUC